CCAUUCAGGAGACUCAAGACAACCAUCUUCUCUUUCACCUUCGUCUACCCCCCGACCACCACCUCCAAUCUCUUCAUUUACCGGUCGCUGUCAGCAUAUCUCUACAUUCCCCGUCGCUUGGGCAGUCCAGAUAAUCGGCCAUGAUGUCUUCGCCUUUGAACGCGAUUCGUCGCAAGAAAAAUGUCAAGAAGGGGAUUCAAUUCUGCCUGAUGGUCUGCGGUGCGAGUGGAACGGGUCGUACUACAUUCGUCAACACUCUCUGCGGGAAGAAGGUUCUCGAGCACAAGGAUGCAGAUGAUGCUGCCAACGCACACAUUGAGGAGGGGGUUCGAAUCAAGCCAGUGACUGUCGAACUGGAACUCGAUGAGGAAGGAACUCGUAUCUCGUUGACAAUUGUCGACACUCCCGGAUUCGGCGACCAAAUCGACAAUGAGGCCAGCUUCUCCGAAAUUGUUGGCUACCUCGAGCGCCAAUAUGAUGAUAUUCUUGCCAUGGAGUCACGGAUUAAGCGUAACCCCCGAUUCAGGGACAACCGAGUCCACGUCCUCCUCUACUUUAUCACCCCUACCGGCCACGGUCUCCGAGAACUUGAUAUCGAAUUGAUGAAACGCCUUUCUCCACGUGUGAACGUCAUCCCCGUCAUCGGCAAGGCAGACUCUCUCACCCCAGCAGAGCUCGCAGAGUCUAAGAAAUUGGUUAUGGAAGAUAUUGAGCAUUACCGUAUCCCUGUCUACAACUUCCCAUACGAUAUUGAGGAGGACGACGAGGACACCGUCGAAGAGAACGCAGAGUUGCGUGGUCUCAUGCCAUUCGCCAUCGUUGGCUCUGAAGAGGUCCUUGAAAUUGGCGGCAAGAAAGUACGAGCCAGGCAGUACCCAUGGGGUAUCGUCGAGGUCGAAAACCCCCGUCACUCAGACUUCCUCGCCAUUCGAAGCGCACUUCUACACAGUCAUCUUGCAGAUCUCAAAGAGAUUACCCACGACUUCCUCUACGAAAACUACCGUACUGAGAAGCUUAGUAAGAGUGUUGAUGGCGGUGCUGGAUCAAACGAAGAUUCUUCCAUGAACCCAGAAGACCUUGUAUCCCAAUCGGUGCGUCUCAAGGAAGAACAGCUCCGUCGUGAGGAGGAGAAACUCCGUGAAAUCGAACUCAGGGUACAACGCGAAAUCAACGAGAAACGCCAGGAACUCUUGGCCCGUGAGAGCCAGCUCCGAGAGAUCGAGGCUCGUAUGCAACGAGAGGCCAGUGCUCAUUUGGCUGCAACUGAAGAAACCAAUGGAGAAGCUGGGGAGGCUUAAUUAUAGUGAUUAUGUACACGAACUCAUGUGCCGGGGUCAUGUACACCUGAGUAGGUCUAUGUUGGUGUUGGUCCUGGCGAUGUGAAACCCUCUAAUCUAUGAUAUGGGAGAUUGGCGGCCUGGCCGUCCUCGACGUUUCCCUUCUUACGUGUCUUGCUUAUUACACCUCGGAGAUCUUUUGACUGCGUUUUUCUCGGUGUUUACUACCUCGGAUUGGAAAUACACCGCUUUAUUAAUGGUCUUGAAUUACCUCCUGCGGAAAUAAAAGAAGAUCUUUCCUGUUGAUAUCUUAGUCAACAACCCAUUCCUUUCUUUUUCUUCUCUCCUUUUCACCUUCCCCUCUGGUUUGAGCUUUGCAGCACCAAAAGAUUCCCAGUCACCUGUGACCUUCAUUUUCUGGAUUUUAAUACUUUGUUUCCUUAUUUAGGUAUUUCAAUAAUUGUAUUUUGUUAUGUUG